AUGAAUAGAACUUCAACGGUCCUGCUACUUAUAAUAGCGUACUUAACCGCUAACACUGUAACGGCAAAACUUAUAAAACCUCUGCCCCAUGUUACUAAACAAGAACGAAUAGUGGGUGGUUCCACUGCUGAGGAAGGUUUGGCUCCCUAUCAAGUGUCUUUGCAAAAUUUUUGGGGUCAUAGUUGUGGUGGUGCCAUUAUUGAUACUGAAUGGAUUUUAACCGCAGCCCAUUGUGUGGUGAAUAAGGAUGCCGCCGAUAUUUUGGUAUUAACGGGCACUCAAGAUUUAACCGAUUUAACGGGAGUCUUUUAUUAUGUGGAUCGUAUCUAUGUGCAUUGUAAUCACGACAGUCCCAGCAUGCACAAUGACAUUGCUAUGCUGCACUUAAAUUCUAGUAUUGUAUUGAAUGAGAAAACCAAAAUUGUUCCCCUACAAACGAAGCCCAUGAAAGAUGGUGAUGAUGUGAUUUUAACCGGUUGGGGUUCUGAAGAAUAUUUAGGUGAUUCACCAGAUCGUUUGAAGAAGGUUGACUUGAAAUACAUGGAACAUCACCGUUGCAAAGAAGCUCAUGACAAUACACCAGAUGUUGAUGUGGGCCAUAUGUGUACGUUUACCCAGCGUGGUGAGGGUUCGUGUCAUGGUGAUUCUGGUGGUCCUUUGGUAAGCAAUGGCUUUUUGGUAGGCAUAGUCAAUUGGGGUCGACCAUGUGCUGUUGGUUAUCCCGAUGUUCAUGCUAGUCCCUAUUAUUAUUUGGAUUGGAUACGCAAUAUUAUGCGUGGUAAUAGCAAGUGUAAACUGAAUGCAUUUAUUAAGGAACGAUAUUGAAUUUAGUUUAAGAAU